AUGCCUUCCAAUACUGCAGCUUGGUUGGAAAAAGUGGGAGCUAUCCCUCUCGACGUCAAAUCCGCUCCAUACACUUCCCCAACCGAGCAUCAAAUUGUCAUCAAGUCCAAAGCCGUAGCAAUAAACCCCGCGGACUGGGCCAUCCAAGUUAAAGGCAACAUCUUAUUCCCCUGGCUCGCCUACCCCUACAUCGGCGGCAGCGACGUCGCCGGCGAAGUAUACGAAAUCGGUAGCAGUGUGACGCGUUUCAAAGUCGGUGAUCGGGUUAUUGGUCUGGCUCUCUGUCUCUCUGGCGGCUCGGAGGGCGCCUUCCAGGAGUAUACGGUUCUGAGAGAUCAUAUGACUUCCCAUAUUCCACAGGGCAUGUCGUAUGAAAGCGCUUCUGCUAUUCCGCUUGGCUUGUCUACCGCGGCUUCUGGGCUGUUUCAAAAGGGCUUGCUGGGGCUUCAACUCCCCUCGAUCUCUCCAAAGCCCACGGGCAAGUCUCUGCUCAUCUGGGGUGGAUCGACCAGCGUUGGAUGCAAUGCAAUUCAGCUCGCCGUUGGAGCAGGCUACGAGGUCAUCACGACUUGCUCGCCAAAGAACUUCGCCUACGUCAAAACCCUCGGCGCAAGCCAAGCAUUCGACUACAACAGCCCGACCAUCAUCCCCGACCUAAUCAGCGCCUUCGCCGUCACCAAAAAACCCCUCGCGGGCGCCCUCGCCAUCGCCGCCAAAGCCCCCGCAAAGACCUUGGACAAAGACCCUGCCAUGGCCUGCGUCGCAGUAGUGGCUGCAUCUGACGGUGCUAACAAAUUCGUAGCGUGUGCUACGUUUCCACCCGCUGAGGACGAGCUACCUGAGGGCGUCAGCGCCAAGUUUUGCAUGGCGGGUAGUAUUAAGGAUGAUGAGGUUGGACCGGCUAUGUUUGUGGAUUUCCUACCCAAGGCGUUGGAGGAGGGGAGCUUUGUUGCGGCUCCGGAGGCGGAGGUUUUUGGGAAGGGGCUGGAGAGUAUUCAGGGUGCGUUUGACGUGCAGAUGAAGGGCGUUUCUGCGAAGAAGAUUGUUGUAUCUUUGUAG